AUGACAGAUGAAAAUACAAUUGAUUUUCAGUCAGCAUCAUCAAAAGUUCAUGAUGAUAAUAAUAGUUCAUUUAUAUUGAAUCAAUCUAAUGUUCCAAUGGAUAUUGAUGUUGAUAAUGAAAUAAUAAAAUCAGCUUCAACAAAAAUCAAUGGAGAUAUAUCACCAACUUUACAUACAAUUGAGAAUGAAAAUAAUCAUGAACAAGAUAAUGAGGAUGUUUUACGUCCAGGAAAUACAGAAUUAAAUAAAUCGUUUGAUAUAUUACCACAAACUAAAGAUGAUGACAUUUCUGCAGCCGAUUCAAUAUCAGAUAAUAGUGCUCCAAAUACCAAUAUACUCGAUACAACAGUUGAAUUAUCAAUUCAUAAUGAUGAAUAUAAUGAAAAAUCUUCUGAAGAUUUAAAUUCAAUUACAACAGUUAAUGAUAUCGAAACACCUACAAGUGCUAAAUCAAUUUUACCAAAUCAAUUUUCUCUUGAAUAUCCAUAUGAAAUACCACAACCACAAGAAAAUGUUCAACCUUCAUCACCAACUCCUAUUGAAACGGUAACGACAUUGACAAAUAAUAUGAAAUUAGAUAUUAAUAAGACAUUAGAAGAACAAGGUAUUCUAUUAAAAAAACGUUCAACACCAACAUCUUCUACGGAUAAAACAUACGAUACAAAUACAUAUGUUCUAAAGAAGAAAGAACGACGAAAAAUAUCAACAUUGGCUACUGAAAAUAAUUUUAAUCGAACUGUCGAAGAUACUCCACCAGAUUUAUCUAGUAAAAAAUCUCUGUCAAACACUCCGUCCAUGUCACUAGAUGCUGCUGUAACUUCUCGACCAGCUACAACAAUUUCAUCUUCACAACAGCCGCUUACAGAUCCCACACGAAUCAUGUAA